AUGAGUAAUAGCUCUCUCGGAACUCUUGGUGAAAAUUGGGACAGUGAAAUUAAUUCCGAUAUAGACAGCGAGGCUGAGGAGGUAUCUUGGGAUAUCAUCAACAAAGAAAUACAAGAAUGGCAAUAUGUUUGUCGUACUGGUAGGCCAUUCUGGUGGUCACCAGAGUUCAAAAGUAGUCGUAUGUCCACUUUAUCUCCGAAGAACCUUAGAGAAGUCAGCACGCGUGCUUGGCUGAGAGGAGUCACAGAUGACUCAAGACCACACCUGAAGAAACGUUAUCCUACUAUGGACGAUAGCAAUUUUGGAAAUUCUAGCGACGUACAGGAACUUGCAAAAGUGAUUGCCGUCCAGCUUCUCGGAUCUUGUUUUACUUUAGCACCGGAGUACCUUCUACCUCUUCCAUCAAGCCCCACAUCAUACAACAGAAAAGGAGACACAAAACUACCGGAUUCAAGAAUGAUCAGUUCCUUACGCAUGCACACACAAUUUCGAUAUUCACCCUGCUUUGGGCACCAAGCACGAAAUGCCUCUCCGAUACAACCAUGGGACUGUGGUGGAUACGACGGUUCAUCGACUUACUCGUCCUCACCUCCAGGUACCAGUGGUGUUGUUACGCCGCAGAUUAUCACGUCAGAACCAACCGGAAAGCGAAGUAGAUUAAAGAAAGCUCAGAGAGCGCUGAAUGUCUCAGAGCAAUCGGCAAAUGAUAGCAAUGUUGGUAGUCAUAGAAGUGAUUACUUUAUGAGCGGUAGUUCCACGUUUGAUGACAAAGCUGCAACCUCGAUGGGUCAGAAACUGAGGAACGGCCAUGCUAUCGAAUGUGGGAAGGCUUCAAAUACACUACAUGUAUCGGGAGCGGAUAGCCGAAGACACAAAUCGAGGCCUCCAACGACCAGAGAUCAACCAGAAGCGAUACCAGCAGCAGCUGCCGAUGAUGCGAAUGUUGACACGUUGAAAAGUUAUCGAGGAUUACGUCCUACUCUUCCACCGAGGACCAACUAUCGUCUACAGCCAGUCCUCAGGUCAGAACCGCAUCCUGUAUUCGUGCAGCCUGUGAGAGAGCUCGUAGUAAAGAGGUGGAAGUCUAUUCGACGUCAAUUUGGAGGUAGUUUGCAAAAUUCUUUGCCGACAAUGGCAUCUGAAAAUGUCGAGUCCGACUCAGAAAGUGAUGCAGCGAGUUCCGCACUUAGCACUGAUGCAAGGGCACGGAGACGGCGAGCUCAGGAGAGGGGAGACAUUCAUAGCGCCGGUGGUGAUGAUAGCCUACGCUAUAACACUCCAAGAAGUGGUACUAUGACACCUAUGACGCCUAUUUCACCUUUCAUGAUUCCAACCACGCCCCUCGCGACUCCUAUGACCCCUUCGUUACCAGGUUUAAGGCCCAUGUCUCCUUUCUUUAGAGGAGGGGAUACCGUGACAGUUGUCACAUCUUUUCUAGCUGAUGCAUGUCAAGCGGAACACAUUAUCACUCCGCCGGAUUCGUUUAAGGAAACGGGUGGCUAUGUUUCGCCAAACAUGAUAAGAACCGAGCACGACGCGGGUGCAAUGUUCAUUCAAUCGAGGUUAAAUUCUCAACCGCCCCUUGAGCCAAUAGUGGGUUCAUAUCGCGUGAGACGAACAAGUAUGUUAUCAGAGAUGUGCGUUCCAGAAGACUUUAAUGACGACGGAACCUUGAAGAUUGAUGAUGAGGAAAAGCAUUAUCAAGGACCUCAUUUGGCAAGGGCAAAUUCAAGCGGAACUCAGAUAUUUAGACCCAAUAGUGACGGCAUCGAACUCGACGGAAUGCCGGUUGGCCCUGGAAAGGAGUUCUGGGACGGACCAGUCGACAAUUCAGGGAAACGGAGGGAAAGGACCUAUCUGUAA